UGAAGGCGGCUGCUUCAAACAGCGGCCGGGCGGGCUCCGUUCCGCGAGGGAACGCCUCUGCCAGCGGGGCCCAGCAGCUCGGGCCAGGCAAGGAACAAAGGAGAAGGGGCGGGGGGGCAUCUGGGGAGGGGGAGAGGACCAUGGGGAGAGGGGGCGGGGAGAGGCACCCCCCGCCUCUCCACGCCCGGCUGGGGAUGCUGCUGCUGCUGCUGCCGCCGGGGCUGGGCGCGGGCAGCCGCAGACUCGCGUGAGCCGCCGGGCUGGACGGCGCCUGCUCUCUCCAUGAACUGCAGCAGCGAGAGCCGGCGGCUGCAGCGCCUCCUGGGCCAGCUGUGGCAGGAGCUGCGCGGCGGCGGCGGCGGCGGCGGCCGGGCGGGCUCCCCCUCCCCGCCCAACGGCAGCGCGGGGGGCUCCUUCCCGCCGGGGCUGCUGCUGCUGGGCGCGGAGCAGCAGCAGCCUCGGCCUCAGCCUCAGCCCGCGGCGGGGGCCGACGACGCCUACCUGUACAUCCUGCUCAUCAUGAUCUUCUACGGCUGCCUGGCCGGGGGCCUGAUCCUGGCCUACACGCGCUCGCGCAAGCUGGAGUCCAAGCACGACCCCUACCACCUCUACAUCGAGCGCGACUGGCCGGGCGGCGCCGCGGGGGCGCUGGGGGGCCCGGAGGCCGCCGGCCUGGAGGAGGAGGCGGCGGCCGAGCCGAGGCAGAGCAGCGCGGACAGCCAGCACCUCUAGCGGAGGAGGAGGAGGAGGAGGAAGGGGCCCGGCGCCCGAGGAGCCACCCUCGUCCUCCGGCCCGCGGGGAGGGGGCGCCCCGGCCGGACCCCGGCGGCGGAGAAGGCAACAGGGCCGUGAAACUGCCGCUGGGAUCCAUCCACCAAAAUGUCCGGAGGCAGCAGCAGCAGCAGCGAGCGAGCUUUCGGGUCCGGCAGAACUCUUGGUCAGGCUGGAGGAGCACAUUCAUAUUCGCCAGGCUGCGAUCAAAAAGCAACACUGCCAUCCAACGACGGCUGGGAUCCACCAAAAUGUCAGGAGCGAGCGAGUAAGCGAGCAAGCUUUCGGGUCCGGCAGAACUCUUCGCCCGGCUGGAUAUUAAGCCCGGGGUCAAGAAGCCGAGGAGGAAGUGGGUCGGGGCUGGGAAGGAGCAGAAGAAGCGUCCCCGGAGACCCGAGAGAGAGCGAGCUGCCUUGGGAGAGCCGGGAGGAGAGGCGAGAGGCGGCGCUCGGCCUGCUGAACGGGGGCGCAUUGUGCGGCUGCGACGGAGAACAAAGCGGGCGCCCAGCAGCAGCAGCAGCAGCUGGUGGUGGCGCGACAAUGGACGAGGCUCUGGGCUGCCUGUUGAGAAGCCCGCGGUAGCCCAGCGGGGCCUCCCGGAGGCAGCAGGCAGAGCCGCCAGCCUCUGGUUGGGUCCAGCAGAGGAGGAGACAAAGGCUCCCGCAGCAACAGCAGCCAAGCUCCCCGGGGGCGGGGUGUCCGUGCGACGUCCUGGCGAGAGGCUUCCCUGCUCCGUGUCCAGCUGGUCCACUUUUGCAACCCGCUGCUUUGUUCCUGCUUUGUCUUUCCAAGCGGUUUUAAAAAGGGACUUGUUCUAAACUCGGGUUAUAAAAGGCUCUGAUUGAAGCAAAGCGUUGGAGUGGGGUGGGUGGGGCUGAUGGCUGGGGAGACCCCGAGGGCUACCUGUCCACCUAGCCCAGAAAGUGAGCCCCAUCCAUGAGGCUUUUGCAGCCUGAAGACCAAGGAGAGGCCUGGCUGAAGCCCUGCUCAGCUUCGCAGCACAAACUUAAGCGAGGUUUCCCCAGGCUGGGCUGGAAGGCCACCAAAGGGGUGUUGCCCGGUACUUAAGAGAGCCUCGGCCGGCAGCCCCCCUGUUGGUAAUUAAACUCAAUGACCCCCAUACAUACUUGUGUUGUUUGAAGUCUCCACUGCAGCACCUGUGAAGGUGAGUGUAACAAAGAGCUGGGUAAGGCUAGCUUAGGAGUGGACAAACUUGACCCUCCAGCUGUUGAACUACAGCUCCCAUCAUCCCCAGCCACAGGGGCUGAUGGGAGUUGCAGUUCAACAGCUGGAGGGCCACGUUUGCCCACCCCCAGGGGUAGGAGCUCUUUCCUAGAUGUAGUGGGCCGACUACAUCUUUCCGAUUUUACACACACACCCCACCCCCCAAAUUAGAAUCCUUGUCUGUCACGCUUUGGGAAUUUUCAAGCAAGAGUGUCUGUACUCAAGAUCUCCUGGCAGAUAAGGCAGAAUUCAUCUGUACAAAGCAACCUUGAAUAUUGGCCUCUUAAGAGCAAAAAGCGUCUGGUCAGAGUCCGAAUGCAGCAAGCACAGCAAGGAUUUCAUCAACCAGCUAACACUAUAGUAUAUUAACAUGAAUACAACAAAGAUUUAUAUACUGCUUUUCAACUAAAGUUCCCAAAGCAGUUUACAGAGGGCUCCCUGUCCCCAAAGGGCUCACAUCUGAAAAAGAAACACAAGGUAGACACCAGCAACAGCCCCUGGAGGGAUGCUGUGCUGGGGACGGAUAUGGCCAGCGAUUGUCCCUGUGUGCAACCUUGCAGAAGUCACUGCCAGCCUAUAUAAACAAUACUGAGCUAGGUGGACCCCCAAAACCCAAUUUCACAUAUAUGCUGAUGGCAUCUGGGCUGUUGGUGACUGACCAGGAGAGAGAUCUUGGGGUCACGGUGGACAGCUCAAUUGAAGUGUCGACUCAAUGUGCGGCAGCUAUGAAAAAGUCCCAUUCCAUGCUAGGGAUCAUUAGGAAGGGGAUUGAAAAUAAAAAUGCUAAUAUUAUAAUGCCCCUAUACAAAUCUAUGGUGCGGCCACAUCUGGAGUACUGUGUACAGCUUUGGUCACUGCAUCUUAAGAAGGAUAUUGUAGAACUAGGAAAGGUGCAGAAGAGGACAACCAGGAUUAUCAGGGGCCUGGAGCACCUUCCUUCUGAGGCAAGGCGACAGCUUCUGGGGCUCUUUACUUUGGAAAAGAGGCAACUAAAGGGAGACAUGAGCGAGGUGGAUAGAAUUAUGCAUGGAGUGGAGAGGGUGGACAGAGAUAUUUUUUUCUCACAACACUAGAACCAGAGGUCACCGCAUGAAACUGAAGGUUGGGAAAUCUAGGACCAAUAAGCGGAAGUACUUUUUCACUCGGUGCAUAAUUCAAGUAUGGAAUUCUUUGCCAUGGGAUGUGGUGACGGCCACCAGCUUGGAUGGGUUUAAAAGGGGCUUAGAUUCAUGGAGAGCAGGUCUAUCAAUGGCUACUAGUCUGAAGGCUGUGGGCCACCUCCAGCCUCAGAGGGACGAUGCCUCUCAAUACCAGUUGCGGGGGAGCAACAGCAGGAGGAGAGGGGGCAUGCACAUACAGUACCUCUUGCCUGCGGGCUCCCCAGAGGCAUCUGGUGGGCCACUGUGUGAAACAGGAUGCUGGUCUAGAUAGGCCUUGGGCCUGAUCCAGCAGGGGUGUCCUUAUGUAAUGGUCUGAUUUGCUAUAAAGGCAGCUUACGAUGUUCCAGCAGGUUGCCUGCCCACACCUACCUGGGUUUGCCUCUCUUCCCCAUAGACAUGCUACGUAACAGAUGCAUUCACGCAGCCUCUUCUCCCACCGGAAUCCCCAGAUUUCCCUGGGUGAACAAGGCCUGUGCACGCAGGACGCUGAGUAUUAAAAGCAGAGGUUUAACCCGAGGCACAAGAAAUAUCUCCCCCCACCCCCAAACAGAGAAGGCAGCUAUCAGCUGCAAUAGCAAAACCAGCAACCUGUUCUCACAAACAUAAUUAGAAAAAGCAAGCAAGGGAUGACUUUUGUACUGUGUGUGUGUGACCACUGGAAAGAGAGAUAACCUCACACAGUGAUCAUCUUUACAACGAUAAUACGGUAAUUGAUCAUUACUGCAAUCCUCGGCUUAAUAGCAGGUGUGCUGUGGUCUCCAAGAUCAAAGGGACAGCAGCCGAGUCCACUAUCAGCGACAUUUUUCAGCUUCACAGUAACAAUGAGUUAGCAUGAUAUUUAUUAUCAUUAACGAGAGUCCUUUUGCCAGUUACUUUCAACAGGAAGUUUACUAUUCCUUUUCUUUCUUUUUUUAAAUUUUAAAGUCCAUGGAAUAUAAAUUAAGCCAACAGACUGACUUGCUGACGAUAAUGAUAAUCUGAAAGCAAUCAAUGGACCGGCCUAUCAUCUGGUUCCAUAUAUAAGAAAACCAUUCAAAUAUUAAGAAACCUUUUGCCUACCUUUGUGGAGCUCAAAGUAACUGUCCGCCUAUGUGGAGUGUAGCUCUCAGUUAGGGUUAUGCACUGCAUGUGUUGGGGGUUAUUUGAGAUCUUGCACACUUAUCCCGCUGUGCUAUUUCUAAUGGUAUUUGUGAGAACGCAUUUGUGGUUUAUCAAGAGCUCUUUGGGGGGAGUGGAAUUCUUAUGCCUCUAGUUUUGUCCUUGCAAGUCGCCCAUUUCUUCACCCCUUUUCUUGCUGCGUUUGGAUUCUGAGAAUGUAUACCAGAGGUGGCAAUCUUAGCGCCCCAGCAGCCAUAUACCGAGUCAGACCAUCGGCCUAUCUAGCUCAGUAUUGUCUGUACAGACUGGCAGCAGCUUCUCCAAGGCUGCAGGCUGUUUUCUCCCCCCACCCCCAAUUUUGUUUCCCGCCUCGCCCGCAAGCCUGUCUGCCGCCGCCGCCUUCCUCUCCCCACUGCUGGCUGCUUGCAUGCGAAUUCUUGCGAGAGCUGCCGCACAAGAUUAGCGACCGGUAUGCCUUAGAAGAGAAUAUAAAUAAUUUCCUGAGGGAAAUUCCAGGCCUUCCCAUGGGCAUCCAUCCCUGCUACACAUCUAAGAAUGGAAGUGGGGCUGCCCUUCAUCUCCGUUAGAGUCCAUCUGUUACUGCUAAAACAUUUUAAGAAACUUGACAACCUUCCGGAAGUCCAUCUAGUUAAAUCAUGCUAUUGGCACCACCAAAUGGGUAAUCAGUCAAUAGAUAUGCUAUCCCAUAUUCGGGGAAUGUACUCUCUGCCUUCACUAGAGGACCUUAAGUCCUGGGGAAGGGGGAAAAUCAGUGGUUGGCUCCUUGAGUGGGACGCCAACGAGGGCCAAACUUGUUCAAAGUUCUCCCUUUCAGACAUUCAAAGUUCUCCAUAUGGUAUCCUCACCUUCACAAUACCUCCUCAACUUCACCAGCACACCACUAAAGCAGGCAUUUACCAGUUUACGUUUUUAGACCAUGCCCUUGGCAGAUCUCGAGGGCAGAUUUCACAAAGUUCCUGUGGAACAGCACUUCUGCCCCUGUAGCCAGGGGUGAGCAUCAGACAUUAUGUCCUACACUGAUCCUUUUAUGGAACAAUAAAACACAGUAGGUCCGAUCACUGAAAUUCACAGGUCCUGAAAAGAAUGUGUUAAUUACUUGCUGGCAGAUGCAUUUCCUUGUGUUCGUUAUCAAGUGGCCAUUUUUGCUUUAUUGUCUUCUAAAAUCAGGAAGAGAACUGAAUCUACUAGCCCUGCUACACAUCUGGCUACGUUGUAGUUCUGAGACUCACCCUCUUAUUCGAGUUGUACCCUUUCAGUCUUCCCUCUAAUAGAGAUUCCCAGAUGUUGUUGACUACAACUCCCAGAAUCCCCAAGCAAAAACCAUUAUAGCUGGGGACCCUAGGAGUUGUGGUCAACAACAUCUGAGAAUCCCUGUUAGAGGGAACACCAUCCCUGUCAGAGUUGUAAUUUCAGCUAGGUAUCUAGGAUUAUCUCUUUAUUUUCAUGCAUGUUUAGCUAGUUAGUUUGUGUGUGUGUUUGUGUGUGUUAGUUUUUUAAACUGUUUUAUUAUGUCUUAUCUGUUUUUCUUUAAGCGCGAUAUAUUGGCUAUUACAUUUUGUGUUUUAUUAUGUUUUAAUAAGUGUGUUACAACAAUAAACUUACUAACACUUGCAGAUAA